AUGAGGAAAUUUAACAUCAGAAAGGUGUUGGACGGCCUGGCGGGCUCGUCGUCCUCCUCUUCAGCUUCCUCCUCCUCGCAGCAGCAGCAGUCUGCCACCCGGGAGAACGACAUCCAGGAGACCCUCCAGUCCGAGCACUUCCAGCUCUGCAAGACUGUACGCCAUGGUUUCCCCUAUCAGCCUUCAGCCUUGGCUUUUGAUCCUGUUCAGAAGAUACUUGCUAUUGGAACACAAACUGGCGCUCUAAGGCUAUUUGGUCGACCUGGAGUUGAAUGCUAUUGCCAACAUGAUAGUGGUGCUGCAGUAAUCCAGCUUCAGUUUUUGAUCAAUGAGGGUGCCCUUGUGAGUGCCUUGGCUGAUGAUACCUUACAUUUAUGGAACUUGCGUCAGAAAAGACCAGCUAUAUUGCAUUCCCUGAAAUUUAACAGAGAAAGGAUAACAUUUUGCCAUAUGCCUUUCCAGAGUAAAUGGUUGUAUGUGGGCACCGAAAGAGGAAAUAUACACAUUGUCAAUGUGGAGUCUUUCACUCUCUCAGGCUACGUCAUUAUGUGGAAUAAAGCCAUUGAAUUGUCAUCCAAGUCUCAUCCUGGACCUGUUGUUCAUAUUAGUGACAAUCCAAUGGAUGAAGGCAAGCUGUUGAUUGGUUUUGAAUCAGGAACAGUGGCAUUAUGGGACCUCAAAUCCAAGAAGGCGGAAUACAGAUACACACAUGAUGAGGCAAUUCAUUCUGUAGCUUGGCAUCAUGAAGGAAAGCAAUUUAUAUGUAGCCAUUCAGAUGGCACCUUGACUAUAUGGAAUUUAAGGAACCCUACUAAGCCAUUGCAGACAAUCACUCCCCAUGGGAAGCAGGUUAAAGAUGGAAAGAAGCCAGAACCCUGUAAACCUAUUCUUAAAGUGGAAUACAAAACAACCAGAAUUGGAGAGCCUUUUAUCAUCUUGUCAGGUGGCUUAUCAUAUGACACUGUCGGAAGAAGACCCUGUUUAACUGUUAUGCAUGGAAAGAGCACUGCUGUUCUAGAAAUGGAUUACUCAAUAGUAGAUUUUCUAACCCUGUGUGAAACUCCAUACCCCAACGAUUUCCAAGAGCCAUACGCUGUGGUUGUUCUCCUAGAAAAAGAUUUAGUAGUUAUUGACCUUGCACAAAAUGGGUAUCCUAUAUUUGAGAAUCCAUAUCCCUUGAAUAUACAUGAAUCUCCAGUCACUUGUUGUGAAUAUUUUGCUGAUUGCCCUGUAGACCUUAUUCCAGCACUUUAUUCAGUGGGUGCACGACAAAAGCGUCAAGGCUAUAGUAAAAAGGAAUGGCCUAUCAAUGGUGGAAAUUGGGGUUUGGUCACACAGAGUUAUCCAGAGAUUAUUAUUACUGGGCAUGCAGAUGGAUCGGUCAAGUUUUGGGAUGCCUCUGCAAUAACUUUGCAAGUACUAUACAAAUUAAAAACAGCUAAAGUAUUUGAAAAAUCUCGAAAUAAAGAAGAUAGGCCAAGCACUGACAUAGUAGAUGAAGAUCCAUAUGCCAUUCAGAUCAUCUCAUGGUGUCCAGAAAGCAGGAUGCUGUGCAUAGCAGGAGUUUCUGCACAUGUCAUUGUUUACAGAUUCAGCAAACAAGAAAUAACAACAGAAGUUAUUCCGAUGCUUGAAAUACGGCUAUUGUAUGAAAUAAAUUAUAUAGAAUCUCCUGAUCCUGAGCAAAUGCCACCAUUGCCUACUCCAGGCACAGGUUCCAAUCCUCAAUCCAUCAUCCCCCAGUCUCAUCCCUCCACUAGCAGUAGCUCAUCUGAUGGACUUCGUGAUAAUGUCCCAUGUUUAAAAGUUAAAAAUUCUCCCCUUAAACAGUCUCCAGGAUACCAGACCGAGCUAGUUAUCCAGUUAGUAUGGGUGAGUGGUGAACCUCCUCAGCAAAUAACAAGUCUUGCAAUCAACUCUGCAUAUGGAUUAGUAGUUUUUGGUAAUUGUAAUGGUAUUGCAAUGGUUGAUUACAUUCAAAAGACCAUGCUUUUAAACCUUGGCACUAUUGAAUUGUAUGGCUCUAAUGAUCCUUAUCGGAGGGAACCUCGAUCUCCACGUAAAAGUAGACAACCAUCUGGAGCAGGUCUUUGUGAUAUCAAUGAGAGUACUACAGUACAAGAAGAUCGUUGCAAGUCACCCACUUCAGGUUCUGGUUCCCCCAACAAUUCUGGUGAUGAACAAAAAAUGAAUAAUUUUAUAGAAAAGGCAAAGAUGUCUAGAAAAUUAAGCUUACCAACUGAACUGAAACCUGAGUUAGAUAUUAGAGACAAUUCCUUCAGCCGAUCCAGAAGUUCUAGUGUAACCAGCAUUGAUAAAGAAUCCCGAGAAGCAAUUUCAGCUCUCCACUUUUGUGAGACCUUCACCCGAAAAGCCGAUACAUCACCUUCACCAUGCUUGUGGGUUGGGACUACUUUAGGCACCGUUUUAGUCAUUGCACUGAAUUUACCUCCAGGAGGAGAACAAAGACUGCUUCAACCAGUUAUCGUUUCCCCCAGUGGAACUAUUCUGAGGCUUAAAGGAGCAGUCUUAAGAAUGGCUUUUCUGGACACAACAGGAACAUUAGUUCCACCCGCACAGGAACCCUGGAGAGAACACAAUGUUCCUGAAGACAAGGAUGAAAAGGAUAAAUUGAAAAAACGCCGGCCUGUCUCAGUAUCUCCCUCCUCUUCUCAGGAAAUGAUUGAAAACCAAUAUGCAGUGAUAUGCUCCGAAAAGCAAGCAAAAGUUAUAUCACUGCCCUCACAGAACUGUACUUAUAAGCAAAAUAUAACAGAGACUUCAUUUGUCCUUCGCGGAGAUAUAGUGGCACUCAGUAACAGUAACUGUCUUGCUUGUUUCUGUGCCAAUGGACAUAUAAUGACUUUUAGUUUGCCAAGUUUAAGGCCGCUAUUGGACAUAUAUUACUUACCACUUACCAACAUGAGGAUAGCCAGAACAUUUUGCUUCACCAACAAUGGGCAGGCGUUGUAUCUUGUCUCACCUACAGAAAUCCAGAGAAUUACUUAUAGCCAAGAAACAUGUGAAAACCUGCAGGAAAUGUUGGGUGAGCUCUUCACACCUGUAGAAACACCAGAAGCACCAAACAGAGGGUUCUUCAAAGGUCUCUUUGGAGGCGGUGCACAAUCACUUGACAGGGAAGAACUCUUUGGUGAAUCUGUUGCUGGAAAGGCAUCGAGAAGCCUUGCCCAGCAUAUACCAGGUCCUGGUGGUAUUGAAGGAGUCAAAGGAGCAGCAUCAGGAAUAGUUUGUGAGCUGGCACGAGCCAGAAUAGCAUUGGAUGAAAGAGGGCAAAAAUUGGGAGAGCUGGAAGAGCGAACAACAGCCAUGUUAGCUAGUGCUGAUUCUUUCUCAAAGCAUGCACAUGAGAUGAUGUUGAAAUGCAAGGAUAAAAAAUGGUACCAGUUCUGACAACACAUUCUCAAAUGCAUCUCUAUAACUUUACCUUGAAGAAAAAUCUUUUCAUUAACUUCUGCAGGACCAGCAAAGCUGGAAGGGUGUCAGCCAAUGGGUACAGAUGUUCCCUAGCACAAAUUAUGCACUGGUUUACCUCAGUCGUACAGCUUUAACUGAGGAUCAUUGUAUUUAAAACUGACACCCACAUCGUAAGGGUGUGUUUGCGCAACUGCGCAUGUAUGUGUGUUAUCUGGGCUGACUGGGAACUUGAAAACAGAAUUGAUGGCAAAGAGAACACAUGGACAAAAAUAGAAAAUUUGGAAUCAAAAGAGCAGGGGCAAUGCAGGAUCUAUCCUGUGUUAAUAUUUCAUAUGCCAAAAGUUUUGUGCUAUUGUUGUUGCUGCCAGUGUUUCAUCCUCCUUCAGGAGGCUGCAAUAAAUCAGGGGUCCAAGAGAUAGAAUAAAGUUCAUUUUAUGGGACUAUUAGUAACUGAUCUACACCUUUCCUCCUUAAAAGCACAUUCAUAAAGCUGUCUGAAAAUGACUUAUUCUGCUACCAUUUCUCUGAUCUGAUAAACUGGAAAUACACAAGUUCCAUCUUGAAUCUACACAUAGUUCAUAUGCAGUCACAUAGUCUCUUCUUGGACCCCUGAUCUAAUAGUAUUGUCUUUGCAUUUUUAUAUUGUUGCUGCAUUGGGACUUCAUAAUAAACCAUGGCAUGCUUUUGCUUCAGUUUUUGUUUAACUAUAGCUUUGUUCAUACUCAACAAGAUUACUUUUAUUGCCUGUGACUUACUGGUCUGAAAUAAGCCAUCUUCAUAACUCACUUUGAAGCUAGCUUGUUUCAAUAAACUUUAGGUAAGAUUUGUCACAGAUGACCAUAUAGGAUUAAACUGCUGUUAAUCAGAUGUGAAAGUUUCCAAUUUUGUAGGGCCAUAUCAGAGAAGCAGAAGAAAGGAACAUGUAAGCUCAAGGCUUGCUGUAGCUCAUUUCUCUUAUAAUAAUCCAUGGUUUUUGUGAUGUCCACAUGCAGCCAGCAUCAAGUAAAAAAUAAGAUAAUAAGUUAUUUUGCAUCAUAAAAACACAAGUGAUUGACCUGCACAUCAUGCUAAAAGUUUUCAUUUGUGUUAUGGCUGUCUAAUGUGAAAAGUAAAAAUAUCUCUUGCAAUGAUACAUAUUUGUCAUCUUUCAACCAGUUAUAUAUAUAUUUUUUAUUUUCCUGCCAAUAUAGCUGGAUCAAUUUAUAAUUUUUUUACAUGGUUACAAGUUUAAUUCAUGCUGUACAACUUACUUUGUGUGUUUAACAGAAUGUAUUUGUGUAAGAAUUUAAAUAUCAGGUAUGUAGCUAGCUUACAUGCCCAAUCAGGUAAACUUGUCUUCAGUUCAGUGUUGAACUCUUAAGAUACAACUUUCACAAUUUAUCAAUUGCAUUGUACUAAAAUAUAUUCAGGAAAAAAACAUUUAAUUUGAAAAUAGUUUCUAAGUCAAACCCAUCAGCAAAGAAGUUGGCUCCUUAAUCUGAGUGUGCUUACUUGGAAACAAGUCUUUUAAUUUGAAAGGAAUUUUCUUCCAUGUAAGUGCCCUUUGAUUCACUGCAUAGAUUAAACAAUAAAGUUAAAAGUCAGAGUGGAUUGUUUUCAAAGCACUCAAUAUUUUACCACUUUAGGAACUGGUAGAUUCUUAUGUAGAUUUGUAUGAGAGGAGGGAUUUAAGAUGUGCCAAAUUGAAGCAGUAUAUUUUUAGCUAAUAAAGGCUGCACCAAAGCCAUAUUAUAAAAUAUAAUUUAUUUUAAAAUAUUUAGAAAAAUACGUAAUUAAGAAAUGUUUUGUCAUGUUGGAAAUCAGAAAUAGUGACUAAUUUGUGAUCAUUUGCAAACAGCCUUAAUUAGUUUAGGCUUUAUUUAAGCAAGUGCCAGUAUAUGGCCAUUCAGAGGCUUGAGUUUUAUUUUUCUAAACACUUGCCCAAACUCUGCAAAUGUUGAAUGAAUUAUUUGAUAUGCAUGUCUGACGUUUAAGCCAAAAGAAAAUUUCCUGGUGUUGGUUAAGCGAUGGUUUGGCUCAAAAUAUUAUUUGGAUAUGCAUUUAUCUGUAAUAUGGUUCAGUUCAGGUUAAAAGUUACUGACUGGCAUUGUUUAAUGAAGUCUUUCAAAUAAAUUAGACCUACUUCUGAAAGAAUAUGAUUUAAGACACCUUUCAUUUAAUAAAGCUAAGCCCUUACAGUCUGGUUACAACACUGGGUGGGUAGGAGUGCAAACUUCAGGAAAGUUGAAAUCUGUUUCUCUCUUGGGGUUUCUAAUGUAUUUUGCUAGUGUAUUUAAAGCAUUAGAUUAUUACCUCUCUUCAGCGCAGUUUUGGGUAAGGAUGCUAUGAAAUUCACUUAAUGUAGAAGAGAAGAGAAAAGAAAAUUUCAAUAUUCCUGCAAAUAUGGGAUACCUUGGACAUCUGAUUCAGCAAAUGGUUUUUGCCACCAAGAUUUGAGCCAGAUCUAAAACUGCUUGCUUACUUAUUUUACUUGUAUGACAUUUAAUUAUAGUACAAUUGUGGGGUGUUUAGGGGUGUAAAAUAAAUUACUUGAGUUUAUAAGAAUAUGUUGAAUAAGAUCCAUAAGCCAAAUUUUUAAAAGAUAUGUGAUAUAGGCAUAAAAUGUUAACAACUUAUUUAUUAUUGUAACUUCCCUUUGCAUUAGUAAUUUCACUUGCCAGUUGCUAAUUUUUGUUGUACAAAUAGUAUGAUCUAGCUAAAAUUGUUAAGUUUUGUUGAUUUAAGCACAUGCUAAAACAAUGUCCUAUUGGUUUCUUGGCUCUUACCUUGGCUUGAUUGUGUCUUACAGUCAGAAGCAUAAACCUCAGUACACUUAACUGAAACUUGAUUUCCUUUAAGGAAAAAUGUUUUAUAGCUACAAAUAAGCAUAAUAGUAAUUCUUUCAGUUGUAAAAGAUGGAAAAGAGAAUGCUAUAAUGAAUCAAGAAUUAAUGAUGUCAGCUUUCUUACAUGCUGGAAAUGCUCCACUCAUUCUGAAUUCUCAUUACCUUAUUCUGAGGUGAUUUCUAUUAUGCAUUUCUGAACAAGUAUUUGAUAAAUGAAAGCUUCAUGAAGGAGAUGCCAACAAACACCUUCUAAAAUGUGUUUAUGCAUUUUAUACCAUGAAUGAAAUAAUUUAACUAGAAAAUAUUUUCAGAAAAUAGACUUUGGCAAAUAUGCCAUGUUACCGGUUCUGUUUAUUUAAUACCAUUUGUCAAUUCUCCUAGAAGUAACAUACAGUUGUAGGACAGUUUGCUUUAUACAUAAUUUAUUUGCUAUAGUAUUGGGGACAUAACCAUUAUCUUGUUCAUUUGUAUUUCAUCUGGACAAAUAGUCAGAAUAAGGCUGGAUACAUUUUACAGAUUUGGAAUGAAUAAUAGAAAUGUUUGGUGGUUAUGUCAUAUUGUGGUAGACAUCCAGAUGCUCUCUUUAUUGCAUGGCCAAUAAUCAUAAAUUAUGAGCUUUAUAACCAAACUAUAUAAGGAGCACCAAGUUGUAUACUCCUAGUAUGCACAUUCAUUUUGGACGCCUUCCACAACUCUUAUCAAAUUGAUUUUGGAUAUUUCUCAUAGUGCUGCGCUGAGCCAUCUUAUAUUUUGAAUGUUGUUGUGAAGGAGGAGGAACUUUUUUAGACUUGAUGAAAUUUCCUGAAAGGUUAGUGGUGGUUUAUUAGUGACAAAUCCCUAUUCGCCAAUCCGUUUGUGCAUUGUUUAAAACAGAAA